AUGGCCUCGCCCAGCCCCGCCCUCCAGCGUCUGAACCAGACCCUCCACAUUCUCGACCCCGCCUCGCGCCCCCAGGGUCUGCAGCUCUCUCUGGUCCACGGCCCCGUCGACCCUCCUCUGCUUAACUUCACCAUUGGCGAGCUUCUCGACUUCCAGGCCGACAAGUAUGGCGACAGAGAAGCUCUCGUCGUGUCCUGGACCGGCACCCGCUGGACGUAUGCCGAGCUGAAGGAGCAGAGCACCCGCCUGGCCCGCGGCCUGCUCGCCAUGGGCAUCAAGCCCGGAGACCGGAUUGCCAUCAUGGCUGGCAACUGCGAGGAAUACGUCGCCGUUUUCUUUGCCGCAGCAAGGGUUGGCGCCAUCUUGGUUGUGCUGAACAACACUUACACGGCCACCGAAGCUACUUACGCCCUGAACCAUACCGAGUGCAAGCUUCUGUUUAUCCAGUCGAGGAUUGGACGUUACGACAAUGGCAACCUCGUCGAGCAAUUAAGAUCAGCGGAUUCGCGCCUGAAGACCCUGCCGUCUUUAGCGCAUGUUGUCGCUCUGCGCGAGCAGAUCCCUGAGUUUACCAGUUACGACAAGAUGAUCAACCUCGGCGACGUUAUUUCGCCCUACUACCUGUACCGCGUCAGCACUGGUCUUAAUACCCACGAUGUGUGCAACUUGCAAUUCACCAGCGGCUCUACCGGAAACCCCAAGGCGGCAAUGCUCACUCACCACAACAUUGUGAAUAACUCGAGGUUCAUUGGAGACCGCAUGGCAUUCACUUCCGAGGAUGUGCUUGCGUGCCCGCCGCCGCUCUUCCACUGCUUCGGGCUGGUACUUGGACUUAUGGCGUGCGUGACGCACGGUAGCAAGAUCGUCCUUCCGGGAGAAGUUUUCGAUGCAGAGGCGACACUGCGUGCCAUUUCUGACGAACAGUGCACCGCUCUGCAUGGUGUUCCUGCCAUGUUCGACUCGAUUCUUUCACUUCCGCGUCCGGCGGGAUUUGACUGCACCAAGCUGAGGACUGGCAUCAUCGCGGGCGCGCCGGUGCCCCGUCACCUCAUGGAAGGCAUCUUGGUUGAGCUGGGAAUGACCGAAUACACGAGUAGCUACGGCCUCACUGAAGCCUCGCCUACUUGCUUCAACGCGCACACGUACGACACGGUGGACCGCCGGUUGACCACUGUCGGCACGGUUCUGCCUCACGCCCACUCGAAGAUUGUGGACCGUGACGGCCGAAUUCUGCCGGUUGGCCAGCGUGGUGAGCUGUGCAUGGCCGGCUAUCAGCUGCAGCGCGGCUACUGGAACAACCCAGAGAAGACGGACGAGUGCAUGAUCCGCGACGAGCAGGGUAUCCUGUGGCUGCAUACCGGCGAUGAGGCCGUCUUCGACGAGAACGGCUACUGCACAAUCACCGGCAGAUUCAAGGAUAUUAUCAUCAGGGGCGGCGAGAACAUUUACCCUCUCGAGAUCGAAGAGAGGCUAGUGGCUCACCCGUCGAUCGACCGCGCCAUCGUGGUGGGCCUGCGGCACACCAAGUACGGCGAGGUGGUCGGCGCCUUCCUGCAGCGCGUGGCCGGCCAGGAGCGGCUGUCGGACGACGAGGUGCGCGAGUGGACGCGCCAGCGGCUGGGCCGCCACAAGGCGCCCGCGCACAUCUUCUGGCUGGGCGAGGACGGCGUCGAUGCCAACGUGCCCAUGACUGGCAGCGGCAAGAUCAAGAAGUACGAGCUCAGGAAGCUGGGAGACGAGCUUGUCGCCGCCAAGGGCGGUGAGUUGGUUGUUUGA